AUGGGGCAACACUUUCUCUUUCACCGCGACCUAGUGGCUGCUACGGCGGUACAUCAUGCUGUCUAUGCGCAUCUAUCAAGUGACGAACACGCAGAUCUGGUACUUUUAGGUCCUCAAUGGCUUCGUAUCUAUCGUGUCGAGCCUUUUCCAAGUCUUGAGAACACUCUCGAGGUUUCUAAAGGCCAUGUACUUCAUAAAUUAGCCUCAUUUCAUUUAGCAGGCGUUGCUAAUAGUGUUCUUGUGCUUAAAUUUGAUCGACAUUUGCUUCGAAAGAAACAUCGUUUCGUAGGUGGUCACGAAGUGUUGUUACUGUCUUUUCCAUUGUUUAAAUGGGUCAUUGUGGGCUAUGAUAGACGAUCUCGCAAUCUCGCAACAUUAGCCAUGUUUUCGUUUGAAGAAGAUGCAAUUGGACCGGGUGCAACAUUAAAAGGAGAGAAAAAUGGUUGUGAACAAUUACUUGGACUUGGAACACAAGCAGUAGCUCGCGUAGAUCCUCAAACACGUUGUGGUGCGAUGCUUGUGUACUCGGAUCAAUUGGUUAUUGUACCAUUUAAAAGUGAAUCGAUGGAACUUUCAUUCUUUGAAGAAGAUGAACUUGAGACUGAAGAAGAGAUGACAACUGGUGAUUCGGAAGAAGAAGAUGAAGAAGAAAAGAAACUUGAGGAACUCGUUCACGAAAGCCAGCAUCGAGGUGGUGUCACAAAUGAUCUGAAUAAUACACUUAAUGCAUUAUUAGACAAAAGUGUUAAAGUUGGAGCAAAGAGAAAGAGAAAUCAUAUGAGUGGAUUGAUGCCAAAUGAGAUUACGGGACGAGAAUUUCUAUUACGAUUGCGACAAGUAGAAAUUACUGGCAAAGUCGUGGAUUUAGCGUUUCUAGAUGGAUACUUAGAGCCUACGCUCAUGAUAUUACAUGAAGAGAAUGAGAAGAAUUCGACAUCUGGACGACUUGCAGUGGGUUUCGAUACGUUUUGUUUGACUGUUAUGUCGAUUAAUAUGAAUACACGACUUCAUCCAAAGAUUUGGACUGUUAAAAAUCUUCCGUCCGACUGUUUUCGACUAAUUCCAUGUCGUGCACCUCUCGGUGGUGUCGUGGUGUUGUCAUCAAAUGCGAUUCUAUAUUUUAACCAGACGCAAUUUUAUGGACUCGCGACAAAUACGUUUGCCAUUAAAACAGUGAACCAGGCAGUCUUUCCUCUUAAUGAUGCAGUGUAUGAGACGCCUGAUCAUGAAACUGCAGCGUUAAAUCUAGUACUUUAUGAUUGUCAGUAUGAAUAUAUACAAGAAAAGGAAUUGCUGUUGACCAUGCCUAGUGGAGAACUCUUCGUACUUUCUUUACCGUAUGAAGACACAGCGAAUCGUGGCUUGUACGGCUUUGGUGGACAAGCAUCGAAUCGAAACGCAAUGCUGUCGCUACGAAUGCUUCGAAACCACAUCGCAACAAAGUGUUUGUGUCUUGAUUUUGAGCGUCAGACUCUUUUUGUCGGCUCUCGAACAGGUGAUUCAGUGCUGUUUGCGAUGGACAAGAAGGUGGUGGAUGGUGAAAAGCUUAAGUCUCAAGAUGAGGAAAUAAUAAGUCGAAAGAAGAGUAUUCAACCGGAUACAUCAGCGGACGUGAAGGUGGAGCCUGAUGAAGAGGAAGAAGAAGAUGAGGAUGACUUGUUUCUAUAUGGAGCUGCUUCAAAGGAAGAAACAAUUGCGAGCAAUGAAGGUGGUGACAUGACAGAUGGAUCUAGCAUGAAAGAGGAGACAGGUGGUUUGUAUGACGAACAUUGUGGUCCGUAUGUUUACGAACUUCGACAAAUUGAUGUACUUCAUGGGAUUGGACAGAUCACAUCGAUCGAUCUGGGCUUGGAAAAUAGCGCCGAUUCGAAUGAAAAGCGGGAAGAACUUGUAAUUAGCGGUGGAUAUGAGCGUAGUAGUGCCAUUUCUGUAUUGCACAAUGGAUUACGACCAAUUGUCGGGACGGAAGCCGAGCUUAAUGGCUGUCGCGCAAUGUGGACCGUUUCGUCUUCACUCCCGUCGGCAAGAAAGAGUUCGGAUGGUCGAAGCUACAAUGCGUACUUGAUUUUAAGCGUUGCACAUCGUACGAUGGUGCUACGAACUGGUGAAGGGAUGGAACCUUUGGAAGAUAAUAGCGGGUUCUACACUUCUGGUCCAACGCUGGCUGCGGCAAAUUUGUUUAACAAACAGCGUAUCGUUCAAAUUUUUAAGCAAGGAGCUCGUGUGAUGAUGGAAGUACCAAAAGAAGAGACUGUGGGCGGUCAAGAAAAAGUUGUCAAAGCAGAAGAAGCAGAAGAAGAAGAGGAAGAAGAAGAGGAGAACGGACCUAAGGUCAAAUUAGUGUGUACACAGGAAAUUACAUUAGAGGGCGAUGUCGAAAGUGGUGGUAUGAAUGUCGAUACUUCUCGCGUCGGAAUUGUGUCAGUUGAUGUCGCUGAUCCAUACAUUCUUUUGCUGUUAACGGAUGGAUCGGUUCGUUUGCUCAUGGGAGAUGAUGAAGACAUGGAGCUGACAGUAAUUGACCCAGAAAUUGACUACGCCGACGGAUUGGAGUCGAAUGAAGGUUCAGAUUCGCCAAAGCAUGGCAGUAGCUCUGCGUGUCUUUUUUACGAUUGGACAGGUAUGUUUAAUGAAAAUGCUUGGGGGGAGGAAGAUGAACGUCUAGAACGCCAUGAAGCAACUGCAACGCUAAGUAAAAGGCAGAGCACAGGUGACGAGGAUGAUGAAAUGGACGCACUGUACAGCACUACUAAUCUCAAUUCGCGAGUUAGCACAAGUCAAAUUGAAAACACCCCAACAUUAGCGCCAAGUCGAGCUAUGAAAAAGAACCCAGACGGCUCCGUCUCGAUUCCAUUACUAUUACAAAGCGAUGCAAAGAUGAUGUGUGGCAUGUGCUUUGGCGACGGAUCUCUACACGUAUUUUCGCUUCCUGACUUUAAAAAACGAGGUGUGUUUCCAUAUUUGACGUUCGCACCACAGUCUCUCGUGAAUACAUUGGAGCAUUAUCAAAAGAGCACGGACAAGAAUGUAAAAUUUGCUGCUCCCAUUCUUGGACUUAAUGCGUCAACGUCGUCUGCGAACGAAGGGCGGAUCAAAAAGUCUCACACGAUCAAUUCACCUGUUGCUGACAUUGCCAUUCAUCGUGUUGGACCAAGUGAAGGGCAACACAAUGCUCAAUAUCUCGCACGGAUGGUCCUGUUUGUAUUUUUAGCAAAUGGGGAUUUGCUCUUGUACUCGGCCAUGCCAAAGUUCGAGAGUCUGACUGCACGUCAUGACGAAGAAACUGCGCCAGUUUAUCAAUUUGUUCGCGUCGAGACAGAUUUAAUUACGCGUCCAUUUGUUCCACCAAAAUCACGCACAAAUACACACAAUGAAACUGGCAAUCACUCGGAAGUGAAUACUUCUGCCGUCUUGGCCAAACUUCGCGCUGGAUUUCGCUAUCCAAUGUUAACUUGCUUUGACAAUGUUAACAAUAUGAGCGGUACCUUUUUUCGAGGUGCACAUCCUAUGUGGAUUAUAAGUGAUCGUGGUCAGCCUUGUUUUGUACCCAUGUGCGUACCUGGAUCCGAACCACAGGCUUCAAAAGCAAAAGUCACGUCAAAGAAUGCAAGUCCGAGAGUAAGUGUGCCAGUAUUGAGUUUUACACCUUUUCAUCACUGGAAUUGUCCAAAUGGAUUUAUUUAUUUUCACUCGCGUGGUGCGUUGCGAGUGUGCGAACUUCCCUCGAGCAAGACGUCAACGAUUUUACCGUCAAGUGGUGGAUUUGUGCUCCAAAAAGCUGAAUUUGGGGCCACGUUGCAUCACAUGUUGUACCUAGGAAACCAUGGACCAGGAGGUGUUGCAGAAGCAUUAGAGGCACCGACGUAUGCGGUUGUAUGCAGUAUCUCGAUGAAACCAGCGGAUGCAGAACGUGCUACUGAAGUCGAGUGUAUUGAAGAAACUUUGGAUAGUGAAAGUCUCGAUGCAAAUGGAAAUCCUAUUGGAAGUAAUGUGAUGGCACCGACAGCUGAAAUGUUCUCUGAUUAUGAGAUACAUGAGAUGGCACACACUGAAGAAGAUGUAUAUGAAUUGCGGUUGGUACAGACCAAUGAGUUUGGUGAGUGGGGACAUCGUGGAGUCUUUCGUGUCCACUUUGAAAGGUAUGAAGUCGUACUGAGCGUAAAACUCAUGUAUUUGUAUGAUUCAUCGCUUUUGAAAGAAGAAGUGGCAUCAUUUUCGAUGGAAUGGAAUAAAAAGAAACGUCCUUACGUAGUCAUUGGAACGGGAUGUGUUGGACCUCAUGGUGAAGAUGAAAGUGGACGUGGUCGAUUAUUGUUAUAUGAAUUAGAUUACGCGCAAUACGUGAACGAAGAGGGGGGUACAACAAGUGGCAAGUUACCCAAACUACGACUUGUGUUUAUUAAAGAACACAGACAAGGAGCUAUUUCGGCUGUGGCUCAACUUGGACCAUAUGUACUUGCAGCUGUGGGCUCAAAAUUGAUUGUGUACGAAUUCAAGUCGGAACAACUUAUUGGGUGUGCAUUUUACGAUGCUCAAAUGUAUAUUGUGACACUAAAUGUCAUCAAAGAUUUCAUCAUGUAUGGUGAUGUCUACAAAAGUGUUCAUUUCUUGCGUUGGAGAGAAAUGCAGCGACAAUUGUUACUACUUGCAAAAGAUUAUGAACCACUUGCUGUCUCUGCGACUGAAUUUAGUGUCUAUGAAAAACGAUUAGCAUUACUAGCCGUAGAUAUGGACGAAAACAUGCACGUGAUGCAAUUUGCACCUCAAGAUAUCGAGUCUCGUGGUGGACAACGUUUGCUUCGUGUGAGUGACUUUCACUUGGGAGUUCAAGUUUCGAGCAUGUUUCGAAAACAAGUUGAUGCUGUGGUAUCUGGUACAAAUAGACAGGAAGGAGCUUUUCCUUUGUGUUACGUCAAUAUUUUAGGUACAUCAGAAGGAGGUGUAAGUGCUUUAGUUCCUGUCAGUGAGCGAGUUUUCCGACGUCUUUUUACUUUGCAAAAUGUGAUGGUGAAUACACUACCUCAGAAUUGCGCUUUGAACCCACGAGAAUUUCGUAUGCUCAAGACGAAUGCUGAGUUGAGAUGUGGUAGAUCUGAUGGUUGGAGCAAAAAGAAGUGGAAAAAGAGUUUCUUGGAUGCAUUGGUGCUCUUUCAAUUUUUGCAGCUUGAUUAUGUGGCGCAGAAAGAACUUGCGCGCUGUAUUGGAACAACACCUGAAGUUGUGAUUCACAAUUUACUCGAAGUGCAGCAUGCUACAUCGACAUUUCUGUAG